AUGCAAUGUUUUGAUUUUAGAUAUAUUCGUGAAAUAAUAAAAGAAAUGACAUCAACAAAACCAAUUGCAGUAGUUAUUGGCGUAGGUCCAGGUUUGGGAGCAGCAUUAGCCAAACGAUUUGCAACUGGUGGUUACUCCAUUGGUCUUAUUGCACGAAAAGAAAGUAGUUUACAACCUGUACAAAAAGAACUCGAACAACAAGGUCAUACAGCUUUGAGUGUUACAGCUGAUGCUGGUGAUAUAUCAUCUGUAAAAAAUGCUUUUAAUACAAUUCGAGCAAAAUUUGGCAAGGAUCCUGAAGUAUUGUUAUACAAUGCUAGUGGAUUUCUUUAUAAAAGUUUGUUGGAUUUGAAACCUGAAGCACUUCAAGAAGCACUUAAUGUCUGCGUUGUUGGUGGUUUAGUUGCCAGUCAAGAAGUUCUUCCAAGCAUGAUCAAAAAUGGCAAAGGAACAAUAUUGUUUACUGGUGCAACGGCUAGUCUUCGUGGUUCAGCCGAAUUUGCUGGAUUUGCUGCAGCAAAAUUUGCUUUACGUGCAUUAGCUCAAUCGAUGGCUCGUGAAUUCGGUCCAAAAGGUAUUCAUGUUGCUCAUAUAAUUAUUGAUGGAUUAAUUAACACACCUAGUCAAGUUCAAAGUCAACCUAACAAAGAUAUUGAAUCAUUUCUUAAUAGUGAUUCGAUUGCUGAGACAUAUUGGCAAUUACAUAUUCAACCUCGUUCAACAUGGACGCAAGAACUUGAUCUUCGUCCUUCAUUUAUACUCAAAACAAAAUCAACUUAUGGAAAUAUAAUAGAAUUAAUUUGGUGCUUACAAAAAUAUUCAACGGAUUCUAAAACAAUAAAACCUGAAACACAGAGUAAACGUUUUGUUAUGCCAUUUCCUGAUAUGAACAGAUUUUUAUCCACAAGUCAUAAGCUUCAUCAUCAUGAUUCGAAUUCAAAGACUGGAACUAAGUCACAUAAUAAAAAACAUGAUUUUCAUGCUUAUUUAUGCAGUAUUUCAAAAGAUUCAGAAGAAAUGUCAAAUUUUCUAAGUAUUUUUAUUGAAGAACAUGGUCAACCGCCUGCUUUUAAUAUAUUUGAAUCAUGUGAACAAGUUGCUAAACGUGAUCAAUUAAAUUGGAAUAAUAACAACAAAGACAAUGAGUUACCAUCAGUUGUUCGAUUCAAUGAAUUAUCAGAAUUCUGUUCUAAUCGAUCACAAACUCAAUUUGUUAAACGGUGGAGACAUACAGUAGAAGGACCAAUAUCAAUUGAUUUUAUUCAUCAAAUGCUUGAAUCUCGUAAAGUUAAAUCUUAUCCAUAUCCACCUGAAAUGGAUCCUUAUAUUGUCGGUAGAUAA